AUGCAAUCCACAAUCGACGAGACACAACUGGACACGAUGCGUAAUCUUUGGUCAACAUUUCUCAAGAACAAGGCAAUUUUGGAGCAGAAGAAGCCGGUCGAUAUUCCGUUUCCGGACAAGACCGACAGCUUGAACCCUUACAUUCGAUUAGCCUUAUACACCGCUUUGAAGCUUCAGCCAAAAGAGGGAAAAAUUGUAAAAAAUUCGGUCGAUAUGCAGUUUCACUUGAACGAAUUGGUUCGAUACGGGUUUACACGCGAUGAGGUGGAAGUGAUAUUUCGUACAGCUGGCUAUGGAGACUUUAAUGUUCUACCCGUCUUGCGCUCAUACGAUGAUCUCUGGUUUGAUCUGGUUUCGAAGGACAAUGUGAAGCUGUUGUCUCUAUAUCCCGACUCCACGUUUCUUCCCGAACAAUUGAAAUCUUUUAAAGACAUCCGUGCUGCCAACUUUAUUGCAAACGGUCGAAAACCCAAGCGAUUUGAAUUUGAUACUAGUCCAGUUGACACAACAUUUAUUUUACUGUCUUGGAUGCCUCUCCUGAAGCAAUGGAUCCGCACCUACUACUCUCGCCAGCGAGUGCAAAAAAUCCUUGAAGAUGCUGAGAUUGAAAAAAAUGAAGUACAGCGCAUCUUGGGCCUCUAUGGCGAGUUAGUCCGGAAGAUGCAGACAUGGCUUCUUGGUUCGCUUGACGAAGGCAAGGUUGUCAAUAAGUUCGCAGUCGAAAACGAUAAACGAGUUGCUAAUUUGGCGUCUUCGACUCCAGGUGACCCACAUUCCACAGAGAAAUUGACAAAGCUCUUUUCAAAGUGGAUUUCUCACGGUUUUUCUCGUAAAAAGGUUUUAAGAAAUCUUCGUUUUGUUAUUCAAGAUGAAAAACAAGUUUCGAGUGUUAUGAAAAUUUACGACAAUCUCGUUUUAAAAGCUCAUGGGCAACACAUGACCCACCAGUAA